CGACAUUUAUGGCGUGGCAGACAAGUGCAGAAGAUCCUCGCCUCUCUCGAUCCUCUUCCUUCGAUAUAUAUUCUGAACCCCACAAAAUAAAAAUUUAUAUCAGCUCCUCUUUGUUUUCCCAACUUCAGACUUGCCUUCUUCCUCUUCUUCCUCUCUGGCAAUUUCUGGUAGUGUGGGUGGUGACUGGUGAGAGAAAUGAGUGCCACAAAGUUCAUAAAAUGCGUGACUGUUGGAGAUGGAGCUGUUGGGAAGACCUGCAUGCUCAUCUGCUACACCAGCAACAAGUUUCCAACUGAUUACAUUCCCACCGUCUUCGAUAACUUUAGUGCUAGUCUUUCUGUGGACGGGAGCAUUGUCAACUUGGGACUGUGGGACACUGCAGGCCAAGAAGAUUAUAGCAGAUUGAGGCCACUGAGUUAUAGAGGAGCAGACAUAUUCAUUCUGGCCUUCUCUUUAAUUAGCAGGGCAAGCUAUGAGAAUGUUCUUAAGAAGUGGAUGCCAGAACUUUGUCGCUUUGCACCCAAUGUCCCAAUUGUUCUAGUUGGAACCAAGCUAGAUCUACGUGAAAAUAAAGGAUACCUCGCUGGUCAUCCAGGCGCAUCCGUGAUUACGUCCGCACAAGGGGGAGAACUUAGAAAACAAAUAGGUGCUGCAGCAUAUAUUGAAUGCAGCUCGAAGACACAACAGAAAAAUAUUCUGUUUUGGAUUAGAACAUCAAGGCGGUUUUUGACACUGCAAUCAAGGUGGUUCUUCAACCAUCAAGAAAGAAGGACAUGGUGAAGAAGAAAACUAGAAGAAACUCUGGUUGCUCGAUGAGGAGAUUCAUAUGUGGAGGUGCGUGUGUUGCGUAGUACAUGAAAGCAGCUUAUUUUGACCUGUCUGUAGGUAGAUGUGCUAAUGUCCAUGUUAGCUGAAACAUAUGUUAUUGUGAGAACUGAACAUCUUUUACCUUCAUGUUGUAUGUGUCCCGUUCGAUCUGGAUAUUUUCUAUGUAUAUGUGGUAUAUGAAUGUGUAAUGAAACUUUUGUUGGUGAAGCUGGACUUCAGAUCAAAAA